AGCCACGAGCUCUCCUUCAGUAGUAUGAUUGUCGGUUUGACUGUUCGUUCCGCUGUAGCAAGAAGAGCAAGCCAGAAGAGCCGCCCCCUUCCUCCGCCCCCCUCAGCUCCCUCCCUGUGCUCCCGGCCUGUGUUUAGAGCCCCGUAAAGAGCCGAACCUACUGGGUUUUGAACAGCGCCAUGUUUCACGCCUUGAUGCAGCCCCAGGAGGAGAACCCCCAGGAGCAGGAAAUGGAGAGCCCCCGGGACGGGCUCAAAAAGGAGAGGCUUUUGGAUGAUCGUCAUGAUAGCGGCCUGGACUCCAUGAAGGACGAGGACUAUGAGCUGAUGGUGAAGGAGCUGAAGGAGAUCCGGAUUCAGCCCCAGGAGGAGCAACCCGGGCCGCCCCAAGAGCCUUGGAAACAGCAAGUCACUGAGGACGGAGACACAUUUCUCCACUUGGCCAUUAUUCACGAAGAGAAGACCUUGACUUUGGAAGUCAUCCGACAAGUGGCAGGGGACUUGGCUUUUCUUAAUGCUCAGAACAAUCUGCAACAGACUCCUCUUCACUUGGCAGUGAUCACCAAACAGCCAGAGAUUACUGAGACACUCCUGAAAGCUGGCUGUGACCCAGAGCUCAGGGACUUUCAAGGGAAUACACCUCUGCACCUUGCUUGUGAGCAGGGCUGCCUGGCUGGUGUAGGAGUACUUACCCAAUAUUGCCAAACCCAGGACCUCCUCUCAGUACUACAAUCCACAAACUAUAAUGGUCACACAUGCCUCCAUUUGGCUUCCAUCCAUGGCUACUUAGCAAUAGUAGAACAUUUGGUGUCCUUGGGAGCUGAUGUCAAUGCUCAGGAGCCCUGUAAUGGCCGAACUGCCCUUCAUCUUGCUGUAGACCUGCAGAAUCCCGAACUUGUAUCACUCCUUUUGAGGUGUGGGGCUGAUGUGAACAAAGUUACCUACCAGGGUUACUCUGCAUAUCAACUUACUUGGGGCAGAGAGAACACUACUAUUCAGAAGCAGUUGGGGCAGCUGACCAUGGAAAACCUGCAAAUGCUUCCAGAGAGUGAAGAUGAAGAGAGCAAUGACACAGAGUCAGAAUUCACAGAGGAUGAAUUGCUUUAUGAUGACUGUGUAAUUGGAGGCCAACGCUUAGCACUAUGAACUGAAUAUAACUGAAAGAGCAUGAAGCUCUACUCUGUAUAAUUUGUACAGAAAGAUAUUUUAUUUUUCUAAAAAAAAUUUAAAACACAAAAAAAGUACACACAUGUAGGUUGGCCUGAAACACAUUGUAAUAGAAGGGUGUUUCACAGCCUGUCCUUGUGAAUUACUGGCAUGGAACAAGGAAGAAGAAUGAAAAUUGAAAGAAAAUUUCCUGAGACGCAUAUGGGGUUUUUGGAGAGUUCUUCCAGUGUUUGGUUUGCCCAAAAGAACUGCAUCUUCAUUAUCAAGUAUUUUACUGACUUGCUAACCAUAGAUUCUAGUGACUGACCAUAGCUGCUUUCUGUGAUUGUUAAUAGUCAGAUGAACUGAAAGGAAAAUUUUGAACUCUGUUGAAGAAUUGGCUUCUAAUCCUACCACCUUGUCAGUGAUGAUUAUACCCUCUUGUAAAUAGUGUAUAUUAUGUUUAUUUUGUUGGUAAUGUUUUGGUACUUUUAAGAUGUAUAUUUAUUAAACAAAUUUCUAUGUGCAGGAUCA